CGUAUUCAUCUUUCUUUGUAAAGUUAUUUAUUAUAGACAAUGCACUUGAAUGAGAUUAUAAAUGAAGGGCCUUCUCCUCCAAGGCCAGUGGUGUUACCAACUGUAUCACCAUCGUCAAAUAUCAGUUUACCACCAAUAUCAGACAUUUUAUCUAUAUCUCAAUUACCUCCAGUGCUGGCACUACAACAAACGGCUACCGCCGUUCAAUAUCCAAAAAUACAACAACAACAACAACAACAACAACCCCCACCACCACCACCACCUAUGCCAAUGUCGGCACCUCCUGCACCACCUGGAGCGGUGCCUUCGCAAUACGCAUUACCUUCUAUUACACAGCAACAGAUGGUCAUGACACCAAUCCCACCACAAUCCCUAGGUACACCUACUAAUACCAAUUACAAAUACUACUAUGAUUAUUACCCCAGUGAAAGUACACUUGAUCGCUCUCCAAUUUCCCACCAUGCUUCACCUGUAUUCUACACGACUUCUCAGGCAGGAGCAAUAGGAUUACCAUCACUUCAAGUUCAACCAUUCCUCAGACAUAAUUCGUAUCCUUGCAAGGAUAAUCACCGCCGAAGAAAUGAUGAUUCAGAUGAUGGUUCCAUAUCGCCACCUCCAAUCAAGAGGAAAACCAGAAACAAUUUACCUAAAGAAAUAACAUUUAUAUUAUUAAAAUGGCUUAACGACCACUUGAAUCAUCCUUACCCAAAUUCCUUUGAAAAGAAUCAAUUAAUGAUGGCUACUGGUUUAAACCAACAACAAUUAAGUAAUUGGUUUAUUAACGCGAGAAGAAGGAAAAUUAAACUGUUGAAAGAACAGAAACGGUUGAAUUUGGUUUGAUUGUAGUUUAGACAUGUUUACCUUUCAAUUCUUUAUUUUAGUUACAAUUAGCUACGUAUUUUCAAUCAAUAUUAUGCCCUGGGUUUC